GACAGAUGUUGAACUAUGGCGACGGAAGGGGAGGAACAAAUGUCAAAUAAUGCUGAAAAUCCCGACGAAGCGGAGUUGGUUAAGCAAUUAGACCUUCAGCUCGAAGAGCUUGAUGAUGUUGAAUUCCAAUUACCACCUAUUGGGGAGCUGCCAACUCUUGAGAGCAUUUUGAAUGAAAAUGACCCAGGAUCUGCAUCUGAUGAUGACUUAGGGAUUCCUCCCACACCCAUACAGAAGACAUCAUUUUCCAAUGAUGGUGGCGACACAUUAUCAGUCCAUUCUCGAGGCAGCUCAGACUCUCGAAGCAGGACAUCCUCUGAACGUCACAGCUGUGGGAGCAGGUCUCGCAAAGAUGCACAGCACAAGACUCAUGGCUCAAUACUCCGUCAUGUUAUUCUCACGGGUGUGGCAGCUCAGCUGGUCUCUGCUCAUGACCGUGUGGGUGCAGGGCUACCAACAACCAUGGCAGUGGGUAACAUCAUAUGCAUUGGCACAAGCCAUGGCCUCAUCCUUGUCUUUGAGCCUACUCAGGCUUUGAAAUUCUGUUUAGGAUCAACACAGUUGGGAGAGCAGUAUGGAUCUGUGUCUGCUCUGGCCCUCAACCAUGACUGCACGCGCCUCCUUGCUGGUUUUGCCAAGGGUCAGAUUUGUGUCUUUGAUCUGACAUCCAGCAAGCUCCUUCAGACAAUCUCUGAUGCCCACACACCAUUCACAGCUGUUUUGCAUUUAAAGUGGACAGACUUUCCUGGAAUGGCUGUCAUUAGUGACAGUGGCGGGUCUGUCUUUGAACUCUCCAUCAAGAGGACCAUGGGGCUCAACUCCAAUGAGUCUCGUUGUAUAUUCUCAGGCAGUCGUGGGGAAGUCUGUACCAUUGAACCCCUGUUGAUGUCACAGUUCCGUGCUACCCCUGUUUCAGAACCAGUCAUAUUGGCAAUGGCUACUAUAUCAAAGGUCAUUGUGGUAUCUUUGAGGCCACAGUUGAAAGUAUUGUUCUCUCACCCACUAAAAGCCUCUGCAUCUACGCUCCCCCUCUUGGCUUGGCAAUUUGUGGUGAUACAAAUGCCUGAUGGAACAAGAGUAAUUGAUCCUGUGUUGGCCUUUGGUCGUGAGAAAAAUGUGUAUUUUUAUCAGUAUACUUUAUAUGUUUAUAAUGAGAGUAUGUGGACUACUAGUAAUAUGUACCUGAAACUAGUGGACAAAUUCAAUGAAUGGUAUGUGUCAGCCUUUGUCACUGCGGGAAGAAUAAGACUGAUCUGCCUACAUGAUGUGAAGAAUGAUGAUGGCAUCAAGAAUUUCUUCAUGGAGAUGUAUGAAACAUAUAUUAAGCACUCCAUGAAUCCCUUCUACCAACCCAACAGUCCCAUCAAGUCAGCAGCUUUUGAGAAGAAAGCACACUUUUAUGGUAGAAAAUAUUUAACUGGCUGAGAAGAUCAUCAGCUAAGGGAAUUGUAAUGAUCAUUCUGCCUGCUGCACUGACAGAAAAGGAGAAAGAUUUUUGCUGUCUUUUUCAACCCGGGUAAUUUUCCUAAGGGUUGUGAGGAUACGAUGUGAAAAGGAGUGCUUUUCAGUGAUAUCUUGUGUUAAUGCAUUUGAUUUUGUGUUGAUGUUUCUGAUAUUCUUUAGAUAUGCUCUUUGAUUUACUCUGGUAUUCUUAAAUAUGUGAAGAUUUAUGGAUGCCUUGUUUCAGGUGAAACUUGUUUAUAUGAAAGUUAUCAUGCAGACGGUCCUUCAGAAAUGAUUACAAAGCUUUAGAAUCUUCUAAUCACAGAUCACUGAAUAUAGCUUUAUUUAUUCUUAUAAACUUCAUAGUAUUAAUAUUAAAUGUAUAAUUAGCAGUUUGUUUGUUUUAUGACAAGUGGAAAAAUAUAUUGGUGAAAUAAAGAAUGUAACAUUCUUUUUCUUUUUAGGAAUGUGUCAGAUUUGUGAAAACACGUAUGUUUUCAGCAUGAUUGAUACACAGAUAUAUUAUAUUGUACUUUAAAUUAUAUAUAAUUUUUUCCCUCUUUUAUGAUUUUUUGUAUACAUAUUUAUUGCUGUAAUUUGAGUCAUCAGAAAAGAUGGCAGGGAAUAAUCAGCGUUUGGACUUCAGAUAUUGUUGAUGGGUUACAAAAUCAGUACAAAUAAUUUUCAAUGUUUUUUAUUUGCUUUUUAAUUGUACAUUCAUGAAAAGAUCUGAUCAAGGCUCAGAUAUAUCCACUGUUUGAUAGAUUAUCCUGCUGUAUUUACAAAAGAAAAUAUGACAUUCCAUGUCUUUUAUACAGAGUCAUAUAAUGGGAAAUAAAUACUGGUUACCAGAUUAUUGUUACUA